AUGAUACACUCGUUGAAACUUAGCUUCCAAGCUACACCUAAAUCAUUGAUAUUACCCAUAAGGUCGUAUUCACGUUAUGUGAGAACGGCGCCAAAAGCAGCUGCCUCAAGAACAUCCCCCGCACCAUCAAAAGCGGCAUCUGCUACAACAAUUGGAGAAGAAGUAGCAGAGCAAGACGCACUGCUGGCUGAGGCUCAAAACACCCUCACAUCAACUGCUUCAUUUGCAUUUCAUGAUGCGCCACCAGAGACCAGAUCGGUGUUGAGCUCCACGCCCAACAAUAUUAUAGAUUGGUCUGACUCUUAUCAUGGACUAGGUUCACAGCCAUUUUCCAAGGAAAUUGCUGACACAUUAUUAGCACCCAUUGAAGAUCAAGAUAUUGAGAUCAAGCCAGAUGGACUUUUGUAUUUGCCAGAAAUCAAAUAUCGUCGAAUUUUAAACAAGGCAUUUGGACCCGGUGGUUGGGGUUUAGUACCGCGUACAGAAUCCUUGGUUACUAAAUCACAGAUUUCGCGAGAAUAUGGAUUGAUUUGCCAUGGAAGAUUGAUUAGUAUAGCUAGGGGGGAGCAAGAUUACUAUGGUGGAGAAGAAAAGGUCACUACUGCUUUAGAAGGAUGUAAGAGCAAUGCAUUGAUGAGAUGUUGUAAAGAUUUAGGAAUUGCUAGUGAAUUAUGGGAUCCGGGAUUUAUUAGAAAAUGGAAAGCCAAAUAUUGUGAAGAAGUAUUUGUUGAACAUGUUGUCAAUAAAAAGAAGAAGAAGUUGUGGAAGUUGAAAGCAACUAAAAAGAUAGAUUAUCCGUAUAAGCAGUUAUAA